GGCGUACAUGAGUGUGAAGGAGCUGAAGGAGGCACUGCACCUGAACAGCACCCACUUCCUCAAUGUUUACUUUGCCAGUUCGGUGAGGGAAGAGUUGGCUGGUGCUGCCACUUGGCCAUGGGAUAAAGAGGCCCUUAGUCAUCUGGGUGGAGUUGUCCUCAACCCUGCUUAUUAUGGUAUGCCUGGCCACACGAACACCAUGAUUCAUGAAGUGGGACAUGUCCUGGGGCUGUACCAUGUCUUCAAGGGAGUGAGCGAGCGGGAAUCUUGUGAUGAUCCCUGCCGGGAGACAGCUCCAUCUAUGGAGACGGGAGACCUCUGUGCUGACACUGCCCCCACACCAAAGAGUAAACUCUGUCGGGAUCCAGACCCUACCAAUGACACCUGCGGCCAGACACACUUCAUGGGAACGCCCUUCAACAACUACAUGAGUUACACAGAUGACGACUGCACCAACACCUUCACCCCCAACCAAGUGGCCCGAAUGCAUUGCUACCUGGACCUGGUGUACCAGCGGUGGGGCCUGAGCAAGAAGCCCGCGCCCAUCCCAAUCCCUCCCAUGGUGACGGGGCAGACACAAGACUCUCUCAGCAUCUACUGGCUGCCUCCCAUCAGUGGUGUCAUCCAUGAGAGGGAGCAGGACACAAUCUGUGACAACUGUGCAGAGGAUGGCACCUUUAAUCAGUACGUGCAUGAGGCUUCUUCCCCUCGGGUCUGCGAUUCCUCUGGCUACUGGACCCCAGAAGAAGCAGAAGGACCCCCAGAUGUGGAUCAGCCCUGCGAGCCCAGCCUGCAGGCCUGGAGUCCAGAGCUCCACCUGUACCACAUGAACAUGACAGUGCCAUGCCCACAGCCAGACGGCUGCAUCCUGGAGCUGCGCUUCUUGCACCCUGUCUACCCCGAUUCCCUCACGCUCUGGACCACAUACCUCUCUGUGGGCUCUCCCAAGGCGCUGUCUGACAUUGAAGUCCUGACAGAACAAGGGGAGUCCAUCCAUCUGGGACCUCUGGACACCUUCUGUGAUGUCCCUUUUACCGUGAAGCUCAACAUCCCAAAAAAGGUAUCCGGAGUCAAAAUCUACACCUUUGACGAGAGGAUGGAGAUAGACACAGCCCUGCUGACCUCCAUGCCCCACAGCUCUCUCUGCUCUACCUGCAAGCUGAUCCAGUACCGAGUCCUCCGGGACCCCCCAUUUGCAAAUGGAUCCCCCGCCGCCCCAGCCCAGGCACACCGCCAGUUCCUUGACACGGAAGUCACACCUGGGCAGGUGUACCACUACCAGGUGCAGGCAGUCUCUGGGACAACCUCAGGAGAAGCCUCCCCACCACUCAUCCAUGUCCACGGAGCACCCUACUGUGGGGAUGGGCAGGUGACCAUGAGCCUGGAGGAGGAAUGCGAUGAUGGGGACUUGCUGGAUGGAGAUGGCUGCUCCAGGAAGUGUAAAAAGGAAGAAGGCUUCAACUGUGUUGGGGAACCAAGCCUGUGCUAUGUGCAUGAUGGGGAUGGGGUGUGCGAGCCCUUCGAGAAGACAAGCAGUGUCCUGGACUGUGGUCCCUACACACCUGAUGGAUAUGUGGAUCUGUGGGCAGCAAAAGCCUACGCCUCCCACCAGGAUGCAAAGUCUUGCCCUGCUUCCUUGGUCACUGGAAAGCCUAUUAUGAAGGCAUGCAAAUCCCACCGUCAUGAAGUGCCAAAGGAUCUUUCCCUGGUUGCUUGGUUCCCCUGCAUUCCCAGCCAAGCCAAUGCUCAGGAUCCAGAUGAUGAGGAGCGGGUGCCCUUGGACAGUGCAGGAGUUUGGCUCAAGGUCCUCCUGCCCCCUGAUGACUCCAGACCAAAGGAGUCAUCAUCUGUGCCCAAGAUGCUGGUUCUGGAGCACAAUGGGGACUCAGGGGGUGCCUCCACAGAGCCAGGGAGGCACCUGGAGGGGACAUAUGAGCUGUCAUGCCAGCACAACCCCCUCGUCAUCAACGUGACCCACGGCCAUGGCGACCCAUCCCACCGGGCUGCUUCAGUGCUGCUCAACUUCUCCUCCCCACUUGUGGGCAUCGCAGCUGUAGCCUUACGGACCUCAGCUCAGUUUGGCUCCUCUGACCCCACCACCUGCCUCCUGCAACACGAGGAGGGACGUGGCCAUCAGCGCUACAGCUGUGUCCACGGUGCCUGUGCCAGGUCAGGAAGCUGCACGCAGCCGGUGAUUUCUCAUGCUGCCACCCUCAACUGUACCUCCGACAGCCCCAGACACAUGGCGUGCACCAUCACGUGUGAAAAGGGCUUCGUCCUUCGCUCCAGCAACGGGAAGAGCCUCAGCUCCACACAGGAGGUGGUGCUGAUGUGCAGCUCAGGACAGUGGGACAGAUCUGUGACUUGUGACCCUGUUGACUGCAGUGUCCCUGACCAAUCCCAUGUGUACUACGCCGAGUUCUCCUGCCCCACGGGGACCACCUACCUGCAGAGAUGCUCCUUCUCCUGCAUCCCCCCAGCCAAGCUUCAAGGAACCAACCAGUGGCUGACGUGCCUGGAGGACGGUCUCUGGUCACUCCCUGAAGCCUACUGCAAGCUGGAAUGUGAUGCGCCUCCGGCGAUGGCCAACGCCAAGCUCCUGGUCCCACGGUGCCUGCAAGGCAACCACGACGUGGGCUCAGUCUGUCGAUACAAGUGCAAGCCUGGAUACCACGUGGCUGAGAACGCGGUGGGCAAGCCCAAGAAGAAGUUCCUGAAGGUCCAGUGCCUGGAGAGCGGGCAGUGGGAAGAAGGGCGCUGCAUCCCUGUGGUGUGUGAGCCCCCGCCUCCUGUCUUCGAGGGCAUGUACGACUGCACCCAGGGCUUUGAGCUGGACAGCCAGUGCGUCCUCAACUGCGAGCCACGGGGACAGCAGGUUCCCAUCGUCUGCACCAAGGAGGGCUUGUGGACAGAGGAGUUCAAACUGUGCGAGAGUUUGCGGGGCACCUGCCCACUGCCCCCAGAGCUCAAUUUCGUGGAGUACAAGUGCGAGCAAGGGCAUGGCAUAGGUGCUGUUUGCACACCUUCCUGUAUCAUACCUCCCAGCGACCCCGUCAUACUGCCCGAAAACGUAACUGCUGAGACUAUGGAUCACCGCCUGCAGCCCACCAGAGUCCAGCAUAUUGUGUGCACGGGAAGGCUGCGGUGGUACCCGGACCCCUCCGUCAUUCACUGCAUCCAGUCGUGCGAGCCCUUCCAAGCAGACGGCUGGUGUGACACCAUCAACAACCGGGCAUACUGCCAGUAUGACGGAGGUGACUGCUGCUCCUCCACACUGUCCUCCAGGAAGGUGAUCCCGUUUGCUGCUGACUGUGACCAGGAUGAAUGCACGUGCCGCGACCCAGCGGCCGAGGAGAACCA